AUGGUGAAUGCAAAUAGGACUGAUUGGGCUCGCAAGCUCGAUGAUGCUCUAUGGGCAUACCGAACUGCUUUCAAGACUCCGAUUGGGACUUCACCCUUCAAGCUCAUUUUCAGAAAAGCUUGUCACUUGCCGGUUGAACUUGAACAUAAGGCUAUGUGGGCUUUGAAGAAAUUGAAUAUGGAUUGGGAAGAGGCAACCAAGUUAAGUUUGUUUCAACUCAAUGAGAUGGAUGAAUUUCGAUACCAGGCAUAUGAGAGUGCAUCACUUUGUAAAGAAAGGAUGAUGCAGUAUGAUGACAAGAAAAUCCUGAAGCGAGAAUUCUACAAGGGUGAUCUCGUUUUGCUGUUUAACUCUUGCUUGAAGUUGCAACUGGGCAAGCUAAAAUUAAGGUGGUCUGGUUCGUUUGAGGUGGUAGGUAUUUCACUCCAUGGGGCGAUUGAACUGAAGUCCGGAGAUGGAACUCGGACAUUUAAGGUGAAUGUGCAGAGGGUGAAGCACUAUCAUGGGAUGGUUGAUGGUGAUAGAAUUGUUGAAGGAUACCGGUUGAAGCACCUCGGAAUGAACGCUGACCCGGUGUUCACUGAUAAGGAGUGA